AAGUUAUUUUUAUUAUUGAGAAAAGGUCUUCAGGCUAGUUUACGUAAUGAACAAGUAUCAUCUGAAUUCGGAUGAGUAAUACUGUAAUAGUCAACAUAGUAGUUUGUUAAAAGAAAACAAGUGAACAAAACUAGAUAUGUCUGUGAAACUUAUGCAAGCUGUUCAGUACAAUUCCUAUGGCGGAGGUGCAUCUGGAUUGAAGCAUGUUGAAGUUCCUAUUCCAACUCCAAAGACUAAUGAAGUUUUAAUCAAAUUGGAAGCAAUUCGCAUCAACCCAGCUGAUUGGAAGAUUCAGACUGGUGUUCUUCGUGCUAUAUUUUUUCCUCGAAAGUUUCCCCACACACCUUGCACUGAUGUAGCAGGAGAGGUUGUAGAGAUUGGAGAACAAGUCAAGGAUUUUAAAGUUGGAGAUAAAGUUAUUGCUAAACUCAACAAUCUAUAUGGAGGUGGACUAGCUGAGUUUGCGGUGGCUAGAGAGAGCUUAACAGCUGCAAGACCAUCUGAAGUAUCAGCUGCUGAAGCUGCAGGUUUACCUAUAGCCGGUCUCACAGCUCGUGAUGCACUAACCGAAAUUGGAGGAGUCAAGCUUGAUGGGACUGGCGAACCCAAGAACGUAUUGGUAACUGCUGCUUCAGGUGGCGUAGGUGUGUAUGCUGUUCAACUUGCCAAACUAGGGAACAACCAUGUCACUGCUACCUGUGGUGCUCGCAACAUCCACUUGGUUAAGAGCUUAGGCGCUGACGAGGUUCUUGACUACAAGACUCUAGACGGAACAUCACUGAAGAGUCCAUCUGGUAGAAAAUAUGAUGUGGUGAUAAACUGCACGACUGGAAUACCAUGGUCAACUUUUGAUCCUAAUUUGAGUGAAAAAGGGGUUGUAGUAGAUUUAACACCUGGCCUGAGUUCAAUGUUGACAUUUGCACUGAAGAAACUUACUUUUUCCAAGAAGCGGUUGGUGCCGUUUGUUGCAACUAUCAAGCGCGAGGGCUUGGAACAUCUCGCUCAAUUAUUGAAGGACGGAAAACUCAAGACAGUUAUUGACUCUAAGUUUCCUUUGAGCAAAGCUGAAGAUGCUUGGGCUAAAAGCAUUGAUGGCCAUGCUACUGGAAAAAUCAUUGUUGAACCGUAGGCACAGUUUGCUUGGUCAUUUUGUAUUUAUAGUUUCUACUUUCGUAUAUGUUAAGAGUCCCACAUCGGUUAGGAGUUGGCCUGACAAUUUGUUUAUAAGUGGGGGCAAUCCUCACCUCAUAAGCCGGUUAAAGCCGGUUUUGUGGGGUUGUGUUAAGCCCAACCACGAUUUCUAAUAUGGUAUUAGAGCCUCUUCACGAUUCUUUGGGCCACCUGUUAUCAGGUUUCCGUUAUCGGGCCACCCGUCAUUUAUGUUCACGCUUCAGAUGUGUAAUCCUGAGCGUGAGGGGGGGCGUUAAGAGUCCCACAUCGGUUAGGAGUUGGUCUGACAAUUUGUUUAUAAGUGGGGGCAAUCCUCACCUAAUAAGCCGGUUUUGUGGGGUUGUGUUAAGCCCAACCACGAUUUCUAAUAGUAUACGAUUGUUUGUGUUUUAUAUAGAAAUGAAUAACCUUGGAUACUUUAUAUGGUCUAAGUAUUUUAUAUUCAUA